AUGGAAUUUCACGGAGCUCGUUCGGACACCUCCGGCCACCAAAUCGGACGAGUGAGCGUAGAUAGCUCGAUUUACGAGUUAGGUUUCAGCCGGUUUUCGAGUCACUGUUCCGGCCAUUUCCGGCCACUUUUUGGGGUAGGUCCAAGAACAAAAGUGGUUCCAAAUAGGGCACCACGCGCUGCCAGCGCGUGUGGCGGCGCGUGGGCAGCAGGGUGGGGACCACAGUCAGUCCUAGAAUGA